ACCAGCCAGCUCCGUCCGCACACAGCGCCUCAGCCAUGGCCUCCCAGGUUCGUCAGAACUACUCUACCGAAGUGGAGGCUGCCGUGAACCGCCUGGUGAACCUGCAACUGCGGGCCUCCUACGCCUACCUCACUCUGGGCCACUAUUUUGAUCGGGAUGACAUGGCUCUGGGCGGUGUAGGCCACUUCUUCAGCGAAUUGGCCGAGGAGAAGCACCAGGGUGCCGAGCAACUCCUCAAGUUUCAGAACGACCUUGGGGGCCGCGCACUCUUCCAGGAUGUGCAGAAGCCAUCUCAAGAUGAAUGGGGUAAAACCCAGGAGGCCAUGGAAGCUGCCUUGGCCCUGAAGAAGAACCUGAACCAGGCCCUCUUGAAUCUUCAUUCCCUGGGUUCUGGUCGCAGUGACUUCCUGGAGAGCCACUUCCUGGAUGAGGAGGUGAAGCUCAUCAAGAAGAUGGGCAACCACCUGACCAACAUCCGUAGGUUGGCUGGGCCCCAGCCAACGCAGACUGGCGUGCCCCAGCCAUCUCUGGGAGAGUAUCUCUUUGAGCGGCUCACUCUCAAGCAUGACUAGGAGGCCUCCCCUUCCAAGGGGUUCCCUCCCUCUGCUCUGCACCAGCCAGCCUCAGGACCCUCACCCGAACCUCUCAAGCCACUAAGCAGCUUUGUAACCGCCCUGAAG